UCUAUGUACCUGUAUGACCUAGAGUACCCAAGGUCAAUAGAGUGAAGAGAACUAAACAUGUCAAAUGACUCAAAUCAAUAAAAAUAUUAGAUGAAACGCGAUUCUGACUGAGAAAGAAGCAAUGGAGAUGGACGAAGACGCUUCAGUGAUAUAUGGUCUGGAAUUUAACACUAGAGCGCUGACCUCACAAUGUGCAGAAAACGAUUUGAUUCAUUUCUUGGUUGGGACACAAUCACUGAGACAGGACAAUCAGGUUCAUCUCAUCGACUUUGAUGACGAAACAUGUCUAAUUAACAAACAUGUUUUCUAUCAUUUGGCUGGAGAAAUAUGGCACAUGAGUGCAAGUCCUGCUGAUAAAGAUAUAAUAGCUACUUGUUAUAAUGAAGUUGUGGAUCACAAAUCUGAAAUAAAGGCAGCAUUAUGGAGACUACCCCUGUUGGAUGAGACUCAGCCACCAUCUGCUUUGCCAGGUCAUCCAAGGUCACUACAGAAGGUGUGCGACUUAGAGAACAACGGAAAACCAAUGAGAAGUGUAUUAUGGAACCCUUCGGGAGAUGGAAAGCAGUUGGUUACUUUAUCAGAACAACAUUUGAAAAUAUGGCAGCUCAAUGAUACGGCGCAGGCUGUGCAGGAAAUAGAUACAACUGUCUUGGAGGGAAAGGGUCAACCGCAGUUUACCACUGGAGCCUGGAACCCACACCAUGGUGGUUCACAACUUGCUACUGCUAAUGAAAACAUGGUUCGUGGCUGGGAUUUACGAUCAAUGAGACAGGUCUACACGUUAGAUAGUGCGCAUGGUCAGUGCGUUCGUGACGUAGAUUUCAACCCCAACAAACAAUACUACCUGGUCACGUGUGGUGAUGAUUGUAAAGUCAGAUUCUGGGACACACGCAAUCCCACUGAGUCCCUAAUGAUACUAUCGGAUCAUUCUCAUUGGGUUUGGAAAGUAAAAUAUAAUCAUUUUCACGAUCCUGUGUUAUCCUCCAGUAGCGAUAGUCGUGUUAUACUAAAUAACAUUCCAUCUUUAUCGUCCGAACCCUAUUCACAGUUGGACGAUGAAAAUGACGAUGAAGAUAAAAAUGAUGUCAUUCAGUCACAAUCCCCACCAAAAGACGGUGUCAUUGCCACGUACGAAGAGCAUGAAGAUAGUGUGUAUUCCGUCGAGUGGUCAUCCGCUGAUCCGUGGGUAUUUGCAUCGCUGUCUUAUGACGGGAGACUUGUUAUAAACCGAGUACCGCGGGAGGAAAAAUAUAAAAUCCUACUGUAAUUAUGAAUAUGUACCUUUAUGUUCCCAUUUAUUCUUCCAUGUUCUUACCCACACAUUCUUUAAAUCUUAAGUUCUUCGCUUUUGUCGUUUGCGUGACCGCUGCCCGGUAUUAUCGCUUUUCCUAUUGCGAUUUUUAUUCUUAACGUUAACCUCUGAGUAAUAAUGGACGCCUGUCUUCAUCUUUCUUGUCGACUUUUGCUUUUUCUGCAACGAAAAACUUGUUUUGUCAUAUCCUAUGGAUUAAGGCGCGUUCAUCUCCAUGGUUACAUGCGGGCAAUGCGGGUUUUGCGAAUGCCAAAGGUACAAUGUCAUUUGCAGGUGUUGUUAUGAGGCACUCGUGAAGUAUCUAAGACAAACUUUUGCCGCUUAAUUUGUUUUAAAGCAAGCAGACUUAAAAUUGUGUGCCUUAGUUACGUGAAAACUUUGGCAAAGUAACUAUUAAUAACGUUCAUUUUUUCAUUGUGCUAAUUUGACAAGCCUGUGCAAGUUGUCUUUGUCGAUAAUUUUAACUAAACUGUAAGAUCAACUGUGAACUAUGAUGAUAUUUCAAAACACA